CAGGAUAACCUAUUUUGCUGUGGUUCCUAAUCUUGGAGUUUACAAGGCUGCUCGACAUGAAUUCAAGAUCAUCUUUAAUAGCAGGACAAAGAUAGUGCCUGAAGAAUCCAAUCUCAUUCCUUUGUAUGGAUUUGCCUUUAUGAACUCAGCUGAAAUUUCUGACACCAUGGGUGAAUCUGAACAUCUCAUUGAUGUGAUAGGAUUGGUUACUGCAGUUUCCCGUGAGAAACAAUAUACCAAAGGUGCAAAUAUUACAAGGAUGAUUGAGCUCCAGCUGACUGAUCAUAGGGGAAGUGUCCAAUGUACCUUUUUUGGAAGCUAUGUUGAUGUUAUUACUCAUAUGUUCGAGAGAAUGGACAAGCUAUGCCGGUGGUUGUUAUCCAGUUUGCUAAGAUCAAGACUUUCAAAGGAAAUGUUGUGAUUCAGAAUGUUAUGCAUGCUACAAGGAUUAUGUGGAAUCAUUGAAAUUCCAGAGGUUGUUGAUUUCCGCAACAGCAUUGCUCUCCAUGGGAUUGAUCCUGAUCUUCCCCUCACUGAGAUUGAGGAUGAUGUGCGCGUCUUAACAAUUGAAGAAGAAUUUCUUACAUUGUUCCCUAGGAAAAAAAUCCAAGAAGUGCAUGAAACUGCUGAGGCUGGGGUGUUUGUGGUGUAUGCUAAGAUUGCUGGACUGGUUGAUGGUGAGAAAUGGUGGUAUUCAGCAUGUCGCUGCCACCGUUCUGUGUCUGUUGAAGAUGGCACAUACUAUUGCCCCUGGAUGUGACAGCAAUGUGCUUGAAGUUACUCCACGUUUUAGGGUCAAGGUAGAGGUGUCUGAUGGAGAAGAGGAUGCAAGUUUUGUCAUGUUUGACACUGACUGCCAGAAUGUGCUCAUGAAAACAUGCAAGGAGUUAGUUAUUGGUUCAAAGGUAAAAAGUAAUUCUGAGUUGCCUCAAGUCCUGAAGACACUGAUUGGGAAAGAGUUCCUCUUCAAAAUUGAGAAAUCAGCUGAUCAUGGUGCUAAGUAUGAUGAUUCCUACAAGGUUAAGAAAGUAUGUGCUGAUCAGAAUGUGAUUGAUCUGUUCAAGGAUGCUGACAAAGUUAACACUCCCCAAAGGUCAAUCAAGGUGUCCAAGUUCCCCAAUUUGGAAGAUGGAGAAAGUAGCAACACUUCUCCUGGUAUGGGUGGAAUCUAUUCUGGAAACAAAUCUGAGAUUGAUGCUGCUGUGAAGUCACUUGAGGACAUAUCUCCUUUAGGGAGUUUUGCUUCUCCAUCCUUUGUUGAAGCCGAUGAUGGUGGUGCUUCCUGCCCCAAACCUGCCAAGAAACUAAAGAUGAAGUGUGUGAAAAUAGAGAAGGAGUAGUCAUGAAUGGUAGAACUUUGCCUCGACUUGCUGGGGUUUAAAUAAUGCAGUUGGUUGUUUCAAUGAUGUUACAUUCUUACCAAUGUAUCACAUUGUUCGUUUGUUUGUUUCUUUCCUUUUAUGUUAGUGAACUGCAUUGUGGUGAAGGUCUUUAGGUACUACUGUAAUUUGUGUAGUGUAUUUUGUGUAGUGUAUGUUUACUAAAAACUGAGAUGUGUUUACUCAGUUAUGUCUAGGAGCGUGUGCUAACUAGCUCCAUUAUAUGUAUUAGUGUCUACUAAGCUAUCUCCAGUAGGUAGAAUGUGUACUCCAUGUGCCUUAGAAUGAAACUAUUGCUGCAUGUAUUCAAUGGGUUUAAUGGAUGUAAGCAUUGUGUUAUAAAAGAUGAU